AUGUCGGACCCUGGGCAUGAUCCAGUCCGUGAGCCACGACCCAAGCGAAUCAAGAUCGACGUGGCAUGCGAUACAUGCCGCACCAGAAAAGUGAAGUGCGAUGGCAUACGUCCUUCUUGCGGAAACUGUGCAAGAAAGCUGGCCCUGCAAGGGACAUGUAAAUACAGUCAAUCUACAACCUCAUCCGGCCCUAAGCCCAUCGCAGAUUCCCGACAAGCUGAACCGGGAUCCGAAUCUCAAGAGUCUUUUAUCACACCCAGCAGACCUAGCUUCAGGGCGUUUGCAGGUUCAAAUCGAGGUGGACGUGCUGGACCAACCCAGCCCGUUGCAGUCGAGACCCCGAGGAGAGCUUCUCUAGCUCGCCAGGCUCAAGCCUCUGACCCGGGUGAUAAUAGUUCUCCUCGAGCGCUUUCGACAGGUAGCCGAGCACCAGCUUCAGUACACACCCACAGCCCUUCUGUUAUUGACUCCAUGACCGCCGUUGUGGACGAGGGAACUACCACUCGGGAGUAUUUUGGUAGCAGCAGCGCUGGCUCUUUCGCGACUCAGAUUAAAAAAGCAAUCGAUGCCCGCUUGGGCCACAGAGUCUCCCUCCCUCCCAACCAGGCACCCCCUUUGCCGACUUACAAAGGAGCUGCGCCCACUCCGCAAAAUACAAUAAAUGAUGCCUACAAGGUAUUGCCAACACGCAGGCAGGCAGACCACUUAUUAGGGGUGUACUGGCUGUAUGUUGAUCCACUCUACCCAUUCUUGGACAAAGCCAGAUGGGAGAAAUCAUAUCGUGCCAUCUUCGACGGUGUAGCUACAGAGAUUGAUGAGCAGAUAUUUCUCGCGUCCUUAAAUGUAAUAUUUGCUCUCUCAUCUCAGCUCAUUGAGUCUCAGGACCCGGAUCAGAGAGAGGAAUCCAGCAGGGUAUACUUUGACCGGGCACAAGGGCUGCUACCUCUGAAUACUUGGGAACCGGCAUCCAUCGAGCUUCUACAGUAUUUGCUUCUGACGAGCCAGUAUCUACAGAGCACUGAGCGUCCACAUCAAACAUGGAUGGUUGUGGGCUCAGCUGUUCGUAUCGCACAGGGAAUCGGCUUGCAUUUGAGUGAGACUUCCGCAGAGCAUUCUGAUCCGAAGGAACGUGAAUUACUCCGGAGGAUAUGGUAUGGCUGUGUAUUGAUGGACCGUAUGGUUUCAGUCACACAUGGAAGGCCGGCAAUGAUCUCUACCUAUGUUGCAUCCACUGUGCCCCUACCCAAUACGCCCAUAGACCGACCCGAGGCCGUCACCGGUGUUCUUGAUUCAUCUUCAACAGAUGCCACGUUCUUUGUCAAAUCUGUCCAGCUAUAUGAACUUAUCCACCGCACCAUCCAGUCUCUUUAUUAUGGAGCGCGAUGUAAAAGUGUACUUGCAUCUAACAACGAAGGUGACUCAGGCAGCGCGAAUCACAGCAAGACAGACUUGGGAAUGGUCAUGCAGUUUGACGCUGAACUGGACAAGUGGGAUCGUGGCUUGCCGGCGCAGCUCAGAUGGACAUACUCUCAACCCCGCGAUCAAAUUACCCAACGACAGGCUGUUGUCUUGCAUAUCCGAUUCCUCCAUGCACGCAUUCUUCUCCUUCGCCCUGUUCUUGCGUCUUUCUGCUUGUCAGCCCAGGGAGGUGAGCUGGGGAAAAGUGCAGAUUCUCUCGAAGUUCGGACUUUGAAGGAAUGUGCAAUAAUGUGCGUUUCGACAGCACAGAAAAUAAUUUCAGUAUUGCUCAAAUAUCAGGCAAUCGAUGAAUCGAUUGGAUAUCUACCGGCAUGGUGGUAUCGUGUGUAUUAUGUUUACACGGCCGCAACCGUACUGAUCGCCGCCAAGUUACGGCCCGAGGUCCUCCCUGAACCAGACUUCAACCAAACAUGGGGGGAAGCCAUGUCAAUUCUCAGAGAUCAUGAAAGGUUUGGCCAAUCUGCCAGGAGGUGCGGGACAGCGCUUCAAUUGCUUUCUGCCAAGAUCCAGCAACCCGAGGCCACUAGACCAAGGACACAAGCGGUCGAGACGAAUACCAACCAACAGUCAUUACAAACUCUUGGCCAAGUAACGGGGCCACAGAUGGAAGAGGACUUUUCCUUCGGCGGUGGAGAUUUAAAUCAAAUGGGGUUGCAGUAUCUUGACUUUGAUGUGAAUAAUCUGACCUGGCUGAAUGACAUGCAAGCGGCUUGGGAGCUUCUCAAUUAUGAAGGUUGA